AUGCAGUUUUCCACACUUGCCAGCGUUUUUCUCGCUCUUUCGGGAUCUAUUCAAGCAUCUCCUCUCAACCCGAGAACAAACGCAACAGAAAAGCGUUAUGCAAUUCUAGACAAUGAUUGGUCGCCAGCAGGAUUCAUUCCCUUUCUCAUGGCCCUCGAUGCCGGGAUUGAAAUCCUUGGUAUCGCAUCGUCAACGGCCAACACCUGGCAAAAGCAAGGUGCAUAUCACGCGCUCGCAACGCUCGAAGUGGGCAACUUAAGCUGUAUCCCCGUGUAUUAUGGUGCUACUCACCCUAUCAUCAACACGCCUGAGCUGUUCCAGGCCUGGGAAUCGGUACAUGGAGUCUUGCCAUGGGAAGGCGCUUUUAAGAAAUUCAAUGCGACGGCGGAAGCGCUCUUUUCUGAUCCUACCUCUGGAGAUGAUCCUAACCGUAUUACUCCUGCUGCGUUCGUGGAGGGGUUUCCGAAUAUCACUGCCGCCGGUACGAAUGCUGCUGCGUUUAUGAUUGAGCAGGUACGCAAGUAUCCUGGUCAGGUGAGUAUAUACUGUGCAGGUGCUUUAACGAACGUUGCGCUUGCUGUGAGGAUGGAUGAUCAAUUCGCCAGCUUGGCAAAGGAGUUGGUUAUCAUGGGUGGUUAUGUUGAUGUCAAUCUCCUGCAGACCUCUGGAGAUUACCUCCAAGCCGAUAUUAACUCUGAUAUAAAUCUUAUGAUCGACCCAGAGGGUUCAAAGAUUGCUUUGACGGCUGAUUUCCCGGAUAUCGUUAUUGCUGGCAAUGUCGCCAAUCAAGUGAUGUCUACACAGGAGUUCCUCGAUGAGGUGUAUGAAGUCAAGAAUCCCUACUCGGAACUCAUGCACAAGUACUACGCAGCGGAAGCCUUCUUCCCAUUUUGGGAUGAGACAGCCAUGGCUCUGCUUGCCGACCCAACUAUCAACACCAAUUCUAGCACAGUCUACAUUGAUGUUGAUACCGCCUACGGAUCUCCUCGAUACGGUAACAUCCACGUUUACCAGAGCGAUUUCAAGCCUCCUAACGUUCGAAACGUCACUUAUGUCCAUACGAUUGAUGGCGACAAGUUAAAGACGAUGAUUAAGAGAAGCGUGCAGUAUCCAAAGAGCUGUGCUGAUCUUGCUGCAUGA